AAUUGGAAUUAAUCUAUAACUUAAGGACCAGAACCGGAAUUAAAAACAUUACCCCAGGUACAAGGCACACCCAGCUCAAUCUAGAAUCCACUAGCUCUUAUUUUCACCAUAUACAUAAUCGAAAAAGCUUAGAUUAAAGUUCCUUCCUUCUUCCACCAAACUUCCAAAGUUGAACCUCACCGGAGUUAACCCCUCGGCCGGCACGGCCUCUAUGGAAAAACUUUCUCCACAAUAAGUUCAAAAUCUAACUAGGGUUUCUUUUUUCUGUAUUGGAGAAAACAAAUUUCAUGGCGGCAACUCUCAUAUCGAAACCUACUCUUUCCUCUUCUUUCCUCGGACAAAAACUGUCGAGUAGAGAGAAUUCGAAAAGGUCGGAACCCUCUCGUUUGGUUCCAAGGGUUACAAAAUGUGCAACGGAUACGGCUUAUGGAGGAGGUAAUGUUCCGAAGUUUUCUCGAUUGAAUGUUUGGGACCCCUACAAACGUCUCGGAAUAAGACGUGAUGCCUCUGAGGAAGAAGUUUGGAGUUCACGCAACUUCUUGUUAAACCAGUAUGCCAAUCACGAGAGAAGUGCAGAAUCAAUUGAAGCUGCUUUUGAGAAAAUACUAAUGGCAAGCUUCAUAAAAAGAAAGAAGACAAAGAUUAACUUGAAAACAAGGCUAAAAAAGCAAGUCGAGGAAUCUCCGCCUUGGGUUCAGAACCUUCUCAGCUUUGUGGAACUUCCACCACCUGUAAUUAUCUUGAGGAGAUUAUUCCUCUUUGGAUUCAUGGCAUGCUGGAGUGUGAUGAACUCUGCUGAUGCUGGCCCUGCAUUCCAGGUAGCUAUAUCAUUUGGAGCUUGUGUAUACUUCCUUAAUGACAAGACAAAGAGCUUAGGUAGAGCUGUUCUUAUAGGGUUUGGAGGUCUUGUGGCUGGUUGGUUUUGUGGUUCAUUGUUGGUUCCCAUGAUUCCUCCAUUUCUGCUGCAACCAACAUGGAGUCUUGAACUCUUAACGUCUCUCUUCAUAUAUGUUUCCUUGUUUCUGUCUUGUACUUUUCUCAAAUGAGACGCUAGAGAACCUGUUUUACUGCAGCAGUUUUGGCAUGUUGCCUCUUGCUUAAUUCAUGGUGGUCCUUCAAUUUGUACCUUCGAGCUAGUUAUAUGUCAAUUAGAAAUUGUUGUCAAGCUUGUAGGACUUAAGAUCAAUGUUUAUCCUCCCUUUGUUAUUGAAUUUUCAAGUGAUGUAAGUGGAAGAUACAUGUAUCUGGGCUCAUUGUUCUCCUUUCGCGCAAAGUAAAAAGUAAAACUUAGUGGGGGAAAAAA